UGCCGCUGGGGCCGGGCGCUCAAGUCCGGGGCUCGGCCUGCAGUGCUGACCGAGUGCUGGACCGGCGGUGGUCCGGGCAGCCCCGCCUGCGUGAGCCAGCUGCUCACCGUCUCCUCAGCCGAGGCGCCGGCUGCUGUGGGAGGCCGGUGGGCAGGCCGAGGGCGGCCGGGAGGGCGCGGGCGCCCCGAGCUCGGAGCAGCGGAGGCGGCCGGGGGCCGGGACGCCAUGUCCAUGGAGGACCCAUUCUUUGUGGUGAAAGGAGAGGUACAGAAAGCAGUCAACACUGCCCAGGGAUUGUUUCAGAGAUGGACGGAACUCCUCCAGGACCCCUCUGUGGCAACAAGGGAAGAAAUCGACUGGACUACAAACGAGUUAAGAAACAACCUCCGUAGCAUCGAGUGGGAUCUGGAGGACCUUGAUGAAACUAUCAGCAUAGUUGAAGCAAAUCCUAGAAAAUUCAACCUUGAUGCAUCUGAAUUGAGUAUAAGAAAAGCCUUCAUUACAAGUACUCGACAAAUCGUCAGGGACAUGAAGGAUCAGAUGUCAACUUCAUCUGUGCAGGCAUUAACUGAAAGGAAAAAUAGACAGGCCCUGCUGGGAGACAGUAGCAACCAGAACUGGAGCACUGGAACGACACAUCAGUAUGGGCACCUUGAUCGUGAACUGCAGCUGGCCAAUUCCCAUUUCAUCGAGGAGCAACAAGCGCAGCAGCAGUUGAUUGUGGAACAGCAGGAUGAGCAGUUGGAGCUGGUCUCUGGCAGCAUUGGGGUGCUGAAGAACAUGUCCCAGCGCAUCGGAGGGGAGCUGGAGGAACAGGCAGUCAUGCUGGACGAUUUCUCUCAUGAGUUGGAGAGUACUCAGUCCCGGCUGGACAAUGUGAUGAAGAAACUUGCAAAAGUGUCUCACAUGACCAGUGAUCGCCGCCAGUGGUGUGCCAUAGCCAUCCUCCUCACAGUCCUGUUGGUUGUGUUGAUUCUCUUCCUCACGCUGUGACGUGCCUGCUGCGGGCUCCUGCACAUGGACGGAGGGGAGAGGAGCAGCAAGCACCCUCCAUCCUCACAUUCCUCUCUUGGAAACGUGCCUCCGUGCUGACCUUCCACAGCAGAGGCUGCUCUUCUCUCCCAGUGCUGGAAGGGAUGGCAAGAAGUGGAGAGAUGACUGCACUCCUGCUUGGGUGACAGAGACAGUCUGCCACCUGUCUUGUCUUGGGACAGCCAGCCACUGCUUAGCCUUGCUGGACCUCCAUCCCUCAGGAGGGACUCUGAGUCAUGCAGGUGAAUUAGACCCACUAGUGUUCUGUCGCUCAUCCUUUUGUUUCUGGCAGCUUUUUUCUUCUGUUCAGACAGGUGCUGCGGUCCCCUCAAACUUGUCAGGAAUUCGGGAGGCUGGGCAUGUUCAGUUCCCUUUGCUUCAGGCUUCUUAGCUGCUCAUCGGUGAGGACAAAGGCUCCUGAGCAUCGAUGACAGCAAAUGCAGUGUUCAGUUUUCAGGGAUAAGAUCGGAGAUUAAAUUGCUUUUCCAUGUGCACUUUUGGUGGUAGAAAUGGCUACUGGGAAAUAAUGGAGCACUGUGGGGCCUGGCACUAGCCACCCAUAGCUGUGAUGGCCAGAACUCUCGAGAAGAUCAGCAGAACCUGCAGUGAUAUAGUUCAGGGAAAGUUGGUGAAGUUGCUGGAAGUCAAGGCCAGAUUUGCUGACUUCUUGUUACUGUCCCCAGUGGUGCAGCCUGUGGUUUUAGGGUGACCCUUAAAUGUACCGUUGCUGAACCGUGCAGUAGCACAGCAGAUAGGUUGGGAUCCUGGAUCUCCCUCCACUACACUCAUUCUUGUGGCCCUGUGCAAGGAGAGUGGUUAAUGAGUUUACUACAUUUCCACAAAUUCUGUCAUGACACGAAAAGGCUGGUCUGGACCAGACUUCGCUUGACCUGUGAGAAAUAGCAAAGUUGCAUAAUUGAACUUGAUUCUUUUGUUCCCUAAGAUGACAGCUUGACCUUAUCAUCCAUUCAAAUAACUGAGCCAGUCCAAAUUCAAUGAUAGAUGCUUUAAUUGAGUUUUGAGUAGCCAAACUGCUGAGACACUAAAUGGCAAGCUUCUGAUGAUUUGUAAAUGCCUCAGAUGUGCACAUGUAUAUAGGAGAUUUUUUAUAACUGCCCUGAUACAAAGUCGUAGUUGGACCCAGAGCCAGAGCUGGGCGAUGGAGGCUGCCCGUCUCUCCUCACCAUCGUCCUUUGCACUUGGAAAGAGCAGCAAUAUCUGGACAGUUUGAAUUUUGACUUUUCUUUUCCUUGUCCUUUUGUGUAUUUCUCAGCACGCUAACCUUUUUUGUUGUUGUUUUGUUUGUAUUUCCUGUGGUUUUGUUUCUGGGUUUUGUUUUGUUUUUCUCCUGUUUUUGUGAUUUGCAAUGAUGUGCUUGCCUAGCUAACUUUUGAAUUGCACUUUUUAAUAAAUAUUUGUAACAAUUUUUUAAAGAA